GAUCUCGUUAUGUAGAGUGAAACGGAUUCCAACCAAAAAUUUCGUCUACAGAAACACUGGUGGUCUUGCUUCCUUGUUGUAGAAACGAAAUGGGAAAAAGAGACAAAAGAGUGGCAUGCAUGAAUCCCAUUGCUAUGGCACGAGCAAGAGGGCCAGUGUCUUCUGGACCAACAGUGAGAGAUUACCUAAACAGAAAUCGACCAACAUUGGAAGAAGUUAAAGAAAUGAUUAACAAAAAGAAGACAGGUUCAGAGACUCUAGCAGCCUAUGAGGAACAUCUAAACCAGAAAUUUAGAAAUGAACUAAAGAAAAACAGAGAAAAGCUGUUAGGCAGUUCAGAAGGUUCUUCCAAGACUAGAAGAAAAGAGAAAAAGAAGUCAAGCAAACGCAAAAAGAGGCGUCCUUCUUCAUCUUCCUCAUCAAUGUCAACUUCUGAUAACAGUGAAUCAGAGGAGGAAUAUAAGCAAAGAAAGAAGAGUAAAAAGAGUAGAAAGAAGAGAAAGCAAACUGAGAGUGAUGCUUAUGAACCCAGGACUAAAAAGAGAAAAAGGAAACACAGACAAGAUAGCAAUGAACACUCUUUAUCUUCUUCAUAGCUAUGAGAUUAUCUCUAACGAAAAUAAUUUUUAAUUAUGAAACGAUAAGUUGCUCCUGUUCUGCUGGAUAGUAGUAGAUGGACUUGUGAAAUGUUGUUUAAUGUAAGAAGUCAAAUGAAAUUUGUGAUAGGCAGUGGAAAUGAUUUGUUAUUUUCAUCAUUUUGAUUUCUCAUUUGGGGGCAAGGCUCAACAGACAGUCACAGACAGUAUUUAUUGUACAUGCCUGAAUAUAAAUCAUGGUUUGUAGGAAAUCAUACUUUUAGUCCAUACACAGACCAAUACCUCUGUUUAGUAAUCAAAGAAACCAAACCAUGUUAGUCCUCUACUUUUUAGCAACAGUUUAUCUGUCAAACAAUGUUAAUGAGAUAUCAAGUCCAAAAAGGAAAACAAAAACUACAUUGCUGUACUUAUAGGCUAAGAUGAUUUAAAUUUUUUGUUAUUAUUUGAUGUAUUUGAACUUUUCCCAGUCAAUGUACAUAGCACAUCAUAUCAUGCUGAAGACCUUCCUACAAAUAUUUCUCAACAGAAACAACUGUAAAAAUUAAGCUUUAAAGGGUGUGAAGUUUCUGAGUAGUUUUUGUUCAAAGGUUUUGUUGUCAUUUUAGAGCAGGUUUUAUAGUGACAAUACAAUGAGAUGUAGUACUAUAGUGUUAAACAAAUAAAUAUGUUAUUUA